AUGGUAACUGGCGGAGUGUGGCACCAGGCAGGCCACCACGGGUGGCCUGCAGACAGCCGCCGUCUUCAUAGCAGCAGCAGCAGCAGCGGCAGCAACGGCGGAAGACUAUCCAGCAAGGCUGGUCUUAUUGGGCUUCCCCGAAAAAGAGGGCGAGGCCGCCGCAGGCUAAGCAAAGUGGGCCGCGUUGUUGUUUGCCUGUUGAGUCUGCUGCUCCUUGUUUGGAUCCUGCUGCUCUGGCGGUGGCUCGUGGUACAGGAUAAGCCCACGGGGGAUGAAGGGUCACCUGUAGAGCUGCAGCAGCAGGGGCAGCCUCAGCUGCGGCAGGCAGAUGCACCGGAUGAGACAGUUGCUGCAACACGACAGACGCUACAGUUGCAGCAGCAGCCGCCACAAAGGAAGGCGCGCCGGGGAGAAGAGUCUCUGGAGGAGAACCAGCAACCUCAGCAGCCGCUCUCCUCCACCCACUCAGCUCCUCCUAUACGCCCUCGCGAGCGGGAGCAGGAGCAGAAUGGUGGUGAUGGUGUUGGCAAGAGCACGGGUGGAAGCCUGGCUUCCCUUCCGGAGGAACCUCCUACCGGUGGGUUAGGCCCUCAGCUUGCACACGUUAGAACUGUUCGAGAUACGUUUUCUGGGGAGGAGGUUCCUGAACAAGGAGGCUUCGCCCCAAAAGAGGCCUCCUCGGCCCCCCUUUCUUCUCCGCACCAACCGACUGCGCAUGAAGAACGGCAGGAGAAAAACGGUGAGCAGGGCAUCCCCGCUGACACGUCUGUUGAAGGUGUUACGGGGGAAGCCGUUACUGCAGCGCUCCAGCGUUCCCACGGAGUCUUGGCGCGGCUAUCUCGCGUGCAACAGCAGCUGCAGCAGCCGCAGCCGUUGGCAGUAAGAAGUGAAGACAGCGAAAUACACGCUGACAGCAGUCACUAG